ACACACACACACACACACUCUUAGGGUAAUUUCUAGUAGCUCCAGUUGUCCUGAGUGCAUGUCUUUGGACUUGUACACAGACACAGGGAGAACAUGCAAACUCCACUCAGAAAGGACCCUGCAGAAUCGAACCCAGACCCUUCUUACUGUGAGGCAACAGUGCCACCCAAACGUACAGCACUCAGUAUUCCUCAGUGGUCUCUAAUCCAGGUACUGACCAACCCCAAACCUGCUCAGACAGCCUGGUGAGAACAAGUAAACAUUCGGUGAUUCCUGACACAUCUGGCAACCCGUGGAAAAGGAGUGUUCCCAGACACCAGAUUUGAUCAGAAUAAUCAGACAGAGGCUUAUAAACACCCAAAUUCUUCUCAUGUACCCCUGAGUGCACCCUCAACACCUUCUGCAACCCGCAAACAAAGAGUCCUGAACUCUUCAGCUCAUGUUCUCACCAGGUUACUACAGUCAGAUUAGAUUCAACAGGGAUGUCGAUUCAGAAGCAGAACAAACCCCGUCUGAGCCCAGCGCAGGUGACGGACAUCAGCGGCCGUGUGUUCGGUUUGACCCUGUCCAGCUCUCGUCCUCUGCCCAGUUACGAUGAUCAGAACUUCCACGUGGUGAGUGUGGACGGGCGAGAGUUCGUGCUGAAGAUCAUGAACUCGGCCGACAGUCAGAACCUGGAGCUGCUGCAGCUGCAGACGGACUGCAUGAACUUCCUGCAGCAGAACGGACUUCCUGCGCAGAGCGCCGUGCAGACCGUCGGCGGGGACAUGAUGAGCCUGGAGGAGCUGGAUUGUGGUUUCGGGGUGCAGAAGUACCUGGUGAGGUUACUGACGUACCUGCCUGGAACCCCGAUAGCUAAAAUCACCUGCACACAUCAGCUCCUGUACCAGACUGGAAGAAUGGCCGCCACUGUGGACCAAGUUCUCCUCGGGAUGGAACACAGGAACCUGAGGGUUCUUCACAGGGAGAACUACAUCUGGAGUUUAUCCAGCAUCCCACUGUUAGACCAGUAUCUCCACGUGAUGGACGGAGAGCCCAUUCAGCCCAUCGUUAGAGGAGCUAUCGACCAGUACCGGGUGCAGGUGGAACCCAAACUCUCCUCCUUCCGCAAGUGUCUGAAUCACGGAGAUCUGAACGAUCAGAACAUCCUGGUGGAACCCGACGGUCCGUCCCACCACAGGAUCAGCGGUAUCCUGGAUUUCGGGGACAUGAGCAGCGGCUGUUUGAUCUUCGAGCUGGCCAUCGUGAUGAUGUACAUGAUGCUGGAGAGCGCCAGUCCGUUAGCGGUGGGCGGCGCGGUGUUGGCGGGGUGGGAGAGCGCGUUGCCGCUAAACGCCGAUGAACGAGACGCUCUGUACACGCUGGUCAUGGGCCGGUUCUGCCAGUCUCUGGUCCUGGCUCGGCACACCGUGGCCCUGCAGCCGGAGAACGAGGAGUACCUGAUGAUCUCAGCCAGGAACGGAAUGCCAAUCCUGCGCCAGCUCUGGGAAAAAGGGAAACAGGAAGUGCAGAGGAUCUGGUUUGAGGACGCUGCCAGGAUCUCAACGCUGUAUGCUAACUGCUGAGCCACCGCCGCCCUCAUGCUGGCCCGAGGAGAGCGGACACAACCAAACACCGCUCCGAUAUCCGCAUGAUCGCCGGCCAGGUUGAGAAACACACGCUGAGCUUCAAAAUCAUCCAUUGCUCAUGCAGCGCCUCGACCAGACACCGGAGGGCGCUGUUUCACUGCAGUACUGAGUUUCAAACUUUUCCCUCUCCAUUAGUGAGGGCGCCCGUCCGGUCGAUAGCACAGCUAUUAAACCUCUGUGCCACUCAAGUGCCUGUCGACUGUUUGGCAUAAAGUCACAUCCACCUUUUGCUAUACAAAUGCUGUCAUCACUGACUGAACGGGACAAGUUCCCACAGACAUACUUCAAAGUCUUAUGAAAAGCAUCUCAGAACAGCGGCUUAGAGGAUCACACAGAGGUCACUUUCACGCUCAUGGUCAGGCGUCCGAAUACUUUUGGAUAUACAGUGUGUUUCUGUUCUAUAAAGCUCAUCACUGAGGAAAUAAGUAAUUAAUAAAGAUUUUAUAUAAAUGGAGGGAAAAAUGAUCAGAGGUGAAAAUCUGCAGGUCGUUAAACACUCAGGAAGCAUUUUUAUCAUUUAUUAAAUCCAGAUACGACACCAACAAAAUCUCAGUAUAUAAAACAUCAAAGCACAAAAAUAAUCAUCAAAAUAAUAAAUAUAAAUAUUACAGGAAACAGCAGAGAGAGAAAUAUAACCCCCUUAGUUCUGUUCUUAUCGUUUAUAAACUUCCACUUCACAUCAACACACACAAUGUCUUUCAAUUAUUCAUAAUAAAGUGUUUAUAAUCAUAAUAAAACAUAUUUACAAUAACAAUAAAGUGUUUUUAAUUAUAAGAAAGUUUAUAAAGUGAUAAUAAUAGUGCUGUGUUUAUAAUAAUAAUAAUAAUAAUAAUAAUAAAUGUUUAUUAAGGAAAAAUAUUCAGUCUUGAAAUGAAUGUGUUUAUGAUCAUAAUAAAGAAAAGUUUAUAAUCAUAUUAAAAGAGUUUAUAAUUAUAAUGAAAGUGUUUAUUACAAUAAUGCAGUGUUUAUUAUCAUUAUAAUUAUUAUAAAAUGUUAAGUAAAAAUAUUCAGCCUUGAUAUAAAAGCGUUUAUAAUUUUAAUAAAACGUGUUUACGGCCGCUCAGGUGGCGCAGCGGUGAAAACACGCUAGCACACCAGAGCUGGGAUUUAGAACUCAUCGGUUCGAAUCUCAGCUCUGCCAUCCGUCUGGGCCAGCGGCUACAUGAACAACGAUUGGCUUGUUGUUUAUACAGGGUGGGAGCCGGAUAGGGAGAUCAUAACUGAGUGAAUUACGACCUCUGCUGGCUGAUUGAUGGCAUCUGCUCAGAGUCGAGGUUUGUUUGUUUGUUUAUUAGGAUAAUAACGUGAUGUUUUACACUUUGGUUACAUUCAUGACAGGAACGGUAGUUACUGCUUACACAAGUUUUAUCAGUUCACAAGUUUAUAUCAAACACAGUCAUGGGCAAUUUAGUAUCUUCAGUUCACCUCACUUGCACGUCUUUGGACUGUGGGAGGAAACCGGAGCACCCGGAGUAAACCCACACAGACACGGGGAGAACAUGCAAACUCCACACAGAAAGGACCCGGACCGCCCCACCUGGGGAUCGAACCCAGGACCUUCUUGCUGUGAGGCGACAGUGCUACCCACUUAGCCACCGUGCCGCCCCAGAGUCGAGGAAUAAUGCUGAACAAAACUUUAUAAUAAUAAUACAGUGUUUAUAAAAUGUUUGUUCUGUGUAGUAUUUUUAGUUUUGAUAUGAAAGUGUUUAAAAUGAAGGUUUUAUAAAUCUCAGGUUCAGAUGAUCAGGCUGUUAAUAAAACUCGGACUCGGUUGUUUUGUGUUGUUAGAUGUUAGAUCAUGUUGAUGUGAGUCCUGGUGCAGAAGAUCCCUCGUUAGUUCUGAUCUGAUGUGGAAUCAGGAUGUAGGGAUUAAAAUUAGGUUCUGAUCCUGAGAAGAUCCUGAAAUGAGCGUUCAGUACCAGAUGAAGUCUCAUGGUCUGGAUUUAAGAUGCUGGAUGAUUCUCAGUCCGGGAUUAACGGAGCACUAACACCGGUGUUUUUAUUCAUGAUUAUUAAAGCUGGAGGCUUAAAAACGGCAUUUACAGAAACGUGUGUGUGUGUGUGUGUGUGUGUGUGUGUUUUAAUUAAAUUUGAGAUUUAAUUUA